GAUGGCGGUCGAACUUGUUGUGUUCGACAUGGCUGGUACAACUGUUGAUGACUCGGUUGAUGGCGUCCCUUUAGUAGCAGUGGCUAUGCAGGAAGGAUUUAAAAUGCACGGACUUGAUAUCAGUCUAACACAAGUAAACAAAGUGCGAGGAAUGGAGAAGAAAGAAGCAAUCAAAAAUGUCCUUACAAAUCUUGGACAAACAGAGAGUGAAGUUGAUGAUAUCUUYGUGGAUUUUAAGAAAUCUUUAAACUCUCACCUCCAAUUUAUAAACAAAGAAAUACCGGAAACAAGUAAUGUUUUCAAGGAACUCCGUUCAAAUGGAGUGAAAGUGUCCGUUGGGAGCGGAUUUCCCCAUUCUGUAGUUGAAACAAUUGUCGAAAAUUUACACUGGAGUGGCCUUGUUGAUUACGUAUCUAGUGCAGAAAAGGUCGGGCACGGCCGGCCAAAUCCUGCCAUGAUACACGCUGCGAUGAAGCAUUGCGGUGUGGAAGACGUUCAUUCAGUUGUUAAAGUUGGUGACACAAAAGCAGAUAUUCAAGAAGGUAAAAAUGCUGGGUGUUGGACAGUAGCAGUUCUAACAGGGACUCAAACCCGACAUGACUUGGAGAAUGUAAAACCAGAUUUUAUCAUUGAUAGUAUAGCAAAUCUAUUUGAUGUUUUGGCACAGAUUAACUCUAAAAGUGAUGAAGGAUGUUCUAAGAUUUGAGAUUAUGAGAUUUGAUAACAAUAUAUUGAUAGUAUUAGAAAUGAAAUAUCUUUCAUUCGUGACUUUCCAUAAUCAGGUUCAGUGACCACGAACAAAGCAUUGAACCGAGGCGUCAAGGAACACUGAGCAUAAAAGAAAWGAUCUGUGAUCAGUGUUCCUUGAUGCCUUGGUUCAAUGAUUUGUUCAUGGUCACUGAACUUGCAUAUGGAAAGUCGUGAAGAGUGUUCGGUAUUGAAAUAUAUACUCUAGUAUGAUGCCUUAGUCAUCCUCAUAAUACAUGAUCCCACAUGGGUAUGUUAGUAAUCCCCAUCAUUAAAGAAUGGUCAAGCGUGA